AUGGUCGAAAAUGGAUGUAGUUUAUUAAUAAGGAAUUUAAGUUUUGAAACAAGUCCUGAAAAGGUCAGAAAAAUUUUUGAACAUUUUGGAAAAAUUCGUGAUGUUUAUUUACCAUUAGACCAUUAUACAAGAAGGCCAAGAGGUUUUGGCUUUGUUGAAUAUUAUGAACCAAAAUAUGCAAAAGAAGCUUUAAAUAUUUUAAAUAAUUCAAAAAUAGAUGGAAAAGAAAUAAAAAUUAUUAUAGCUCAAAAUAGAAGAAAAUCACCAGAUACUAUGAAAAUGUAUCAUAAUAAUAUGAAUGACUCUAGAUAUAGAGAUAAAUAUAGUAGCAGUAGAAGAAGGUAUAGUAGAUAUAGGUCAUUAGAACCUGAUAGACGCAAUCAUAAAAGAAGUAGGAGUCAUAAUAUACAAAAGUAUAAAAGAAAAUAUAAAAAUUAUAAAAAAUAUUCAAGAAGUUCAUCUAGUUAUAGUUACUCUUCAUAUUAUUCAUCAUAUAGCAGUAGCAGUAGUAGUAGUAGUAGUAGUAGUAGAAGUAGUAACAGUGAUUAUGAGUAUAAAAAGAAGAAAAAAAAAAAAAGUAGAAAUGUUAAAAAAAGUAUUAGUAAGAGUAAUUCAAGGAAAAAUAGUAGAAGACAUAAUAGAAAAAAUAAAAACAAUUAUAGAAAAAAAAAAAGUUAUUCUAGCGAAGAAAUUUAUGAUGAAGGGUCAUCAAAAAGUAUGAGUAAAGAAGAUAAUAAAGAGAAAAAAAAAAAAAUAAGUAAAACUACUAAAAAUAAUAAUAGUUAUAGAGAAAGUUCAGGUGAUAAAAGUUCCUCUGAAGAAAGUUUUUACACAAGUAAAAAAGACAAAAAUAGUUAUAACAGAAGUUCAAAUUCUCUUACUUAUAAAAAUGAAGACUGUAAAAAAUCAUCAGCCAUUGAUAGUUCAAAUGAGAAUAAUUCCAAAGUGAAAUCAUCCGAAUCAAGUGAAGGAAGGAUAAAUAAUUCUAAGUUAGAUUAUGAAAGUGAUAAAGAAAAAAAGAAAGAAAAUAAUAUUAUAGAAGGUAUUUCUAGUAAUAAUUUAGAAUACAAGGAAAGUGAAAAUUAUGAAAAUUCUACAGAAAAUGAUAAUGAAACAAAUAACACUUAUCAAAAAGAGAAAAAAAGUGAAAAUGAACAAAAUACGAAAACUUCAAAUAAUAAUUUUAUGCCACUAUUAAAUAAUAUUGAUGAAAAACAAUUGGAUAAUAUAAGUAAUUUAAAAUAUAAAAAAAAAGAAGAAGAAAUAUAUUCCAAUAAUUUAUUAAAUUCUAAUUCGAAUGUAGAAUCUAUUAAAUGCAAAAAUUUAAAAGAGGAUGAAAGUGACAAUGACAAUUUGAAUAAUAAAAAAAAAUCAGAAGGUACUACAAACGAAACUAAUGAAGUUGAAAAAAAUGAUAAAAAUAAUUUUUCAAAUAUAAUUAAAAAUGAAUACAAAAUUACAUCAUAUGUAAAUGAAAAAGACAAUGAAAACAUUAACAGCAAUAUAAACAUUUGUAAUGAUUCUACAAAAGAAUGUAAUGAUAAAAAUAAAUCAUUCAUUAAUAUUAAUGAAAACAGAAAUAUUACUGAUCAUGAUGAAAAUAUAAAUAGAUAUAGUCACGAUAAAAAAAAUAGUGAAGGUGCAUCCUUAUAUGAAAGUUAUGUUGAUGAAAAAAAAGAAGAUAAAAUUAAUUUAAAAAAGAAAAAAAUUGUAAAACAUAUAUCAAGUAGUAAUAAUAACUCUUCAAGUAGUACAAGUUCAGAUUAUAAAAGUAAAUAUAGGCAUAAACACUUAAAUAAAAAAAAAAAAAGAAUCAAGGAAAGUUUAUCAGAGAGUUCUGACUAUAGAAGUAGUAAUGAUUAUAAAAAUGAAACUAAAAAAUCUGUUAGAAAAUACAAAAAUUCAUUAAAAGAAAAACUCAAAAAGGAUAAAGAAUCUCGUAAAAAAAAAGUUAAACAUUCAUAUUCUUAUAGAAAAAGAGGAGGUAACCGUGACAGAAAAAGUGAAAGCAGAAGUGAAAGUGAAAGUGAGAAUGAGAAUGACAGUGAGAGUGAUAGUGAAAGUGAGAGAAGUAAAAAUAAAAAUCAGAUCAAAAGUGAUAACAGCGAUAGUAUGGAAAUAAAAAGGAGCAUUAGUCAGGAAAGUAAAAAUAAAAAGGUACAUGUUGAUGUAAGUGAUAAAGAAAAAACAAUUAAAAAAAUUAAAAGCACAAGUAGACGAAAUGAAGAUAAAAGAAGUGAUAGUGAAGGAAGUGAAGAUUCUAGAAGUAAAAAAAGUUAUAGUUCACAAAGUAAGAAUGACAAAAAUGCAUAUAGGAGUACUAGUGAGAACACUUAUAAAAGUAAAAGUGCAUAUGAAAACUCUCGUGAACUGUCAGAUGAUAAAGAAUAUAUAAAAAAAAGAAAAAAAAGAAAUAGAACAAAGAGUACUUCUAGUAAUUCAGAAAAAUAUGAUAAAAUAAGACAUAAUAAUAAAAAUAAAAUAAAUAAUAAAUCUAUUAAUAAAAAGAAAUUAAGAAAAAGGAGAGAUUCUAAAGAUUCUUAUGAAAGUUCCACUUAUAGCAAAAGUAGUUAUAGUUCAAUGGAAAUAUCAACUAAUAGUAGAAGUAGUUAUAGUAGUUCAUUUAAAAAAAAAAAGGAUAAAUAUUUAAAUAAACAAAUUAAUAAAAAAAAAUAUAAGCAAAAAAGUAAUAGAAAAGAUAAAGGAAUCGAUAAUUCAGAGAAUUCUUCAGUUAGUUACAGAAGAUCUCCAGUAAUCAGAAAUUAUAGUUAA